UUUUUUUUUAUAAAUAUAUCCUUUGCCUAUCUUUCCCUUUUCUACUUUUAUGCCUGUUCCUAUCCGUACAAUAUCUACUGUUGCCGUUAGUUUAGGCUUAUCAGGUGCUACAUAUUAUAUUUAUCAAAACCAACCAAGAAAACAAAAUGAUACGUUUGACAACAAUAUACAAGAACAACCAUACAAUGACUCGCGUCCUUUCAAGUGGUUAACACCUGAAGAAAUUAAUACACGCUUACGUGCUAAACAGUUUGCAAAUAAGGUUAAUUUAAAUCACGUCCGUGCAGUUUAUACAAGUCAACUUGCUUCCAAUAACCCGGUAGAAGAUCAUUAUAGUACUUAUCUUAUUGGUAACAAUGGUUUAUACGCUGGUGUAUAUGAUGGACAUAUUGGACCUCUUUGUUCAAAAUUGAUUCGAAAACAAUUACCUAGUUACGUGGCUCGUCAGUUGGAAACCAAAACAGAAAAAGAAACGGUGGAAGAAGCUAUUAGUACUGCAUUUGUAGAUUUGGAUCAAGAUAUUCAACAACGGUUUUACGAUCUUUUCCCUAGAAAUGUUCAACGCCUCACUGAAAAAGAUGUCCAAGAUGCCGUCCGAAAACAUGCUAAUCCUGCUGCUGCUGAUUUGAUCAUCAAGGAAGCUAUUCAUGGUUCUUGUGCAUGUGCUAUUUAUUUGGAUGGUGAUGACCUUUAUGCUGCUAAUACUGGUGAUUCUCGUGUUGUCAUUGUCCGCCAAGAAGAAGAUGGUACCUGGUCUGGUCGACGAUUAGUAGAAGAAGAAUCUCCAGCUAAUCCUGCAUGGCGCGAACAUAUGAUUUCUCAACAUCCACCUGAUGAAGCAGAAGAUAUUAUUAAACGAAAUCGUAUAUUUGGACUGAUUGCUGUUGGUGGAUCCUUUGGUGAUAUUAUGUACAAGGUUCCUCGCGAUUAUCAAAUCAAAGUUUUACCAUUUAUUCCUUAUGAAGCUUACAGUACUUUUGCCAGAUACCAUCAUCGCAUUGUAGUUAAUUAUCGUACGCCACCUUACUUAUCUUCCAAACCAUUGACAUCUCACCACAAACUUCAAAAAGGGGAUAAAUAUAUCAUUAUUGGUACGGAUGGACUUUGGGAUGAACUUAGCUGGGAUAAUGUACGAAGUGAAGAUGGUGAUCAAGUGGCUGCUCAACUUAUUAGUAUCUGGGAUUCCGCCAAAAACAGCAAAGAAGCCAAUCCUGCGACACAUAUGAUACGUGAAUCACUUCUUUAUGAUGCUGUGUACAAGAAUAUAGGCGUACGAGUACCUGUGACUGAUGAAACUUUAGAAAUGUCUAAACGUCUUACCCGUCAACCCUCUCGCCGUUAUCGUGAUGACAUUACUGUUACUGUGAUCGAACUCAAAGAUCAAAAUGAUCAUACUGAAGCUUCUCUCCAAGAUGUUGGUCCUGUUACUUCUGUUGAACAAAUCGAAAUCGAACCCAGAUUGGUGAUUCCCAAGAAAUCAAAUUGGUACUCUGGAUGGUUAUGGAGUAGAUUGUAAAUUAUUUAGUUAUUUGUUUAGAUUGUCGUAUUGUAGUUUUUUUGAUUUUUUUAUUCGUUUGACGGAAAAUAAAAAAAAAAAUCUUAUUCUUUUUUCUUUUUUUGAAUGUACUCUUGCCUCUUUUUUUUUUUUU